CACGUUUUUCGGCGCGCUUUUGACGCCAGACGACCUCACUGUGAAACCAGAGAACUGGGUGGGAGUAAGCGGAGCGGCUGUUCAGAAGCCCGUGCUGGUAACAACCGGCUUCUAUCGCGAUUAGCAACCGUCGCCGCUGGUAGUUCCCCGGAGGAAAAAUAACCACAGUGGACUUUCGCCUGCGAGUGGUGAGCUCCAUCUUUGAAACAAAACCAGAAGUGUGGAGUAAUGAGAGUGGGGGAGUGAAGGAGGCAGGUGUCCCAGUAGAACUUUGGCAAGUGGGAGGCCAAGCAAGAAUGCUGGAGGCAGAGGCAGACCCAGCAGAUACAGCUGUAGAGAGAGAAGAAAUCGAGAUGGGGAGCGGAGAAUUGAAGACUGAGGUGGUACGGCUGACUCUGGAGCUCCAGGAGGCCACAGAGGAGAAGCUACAGGCAGCCCGCUAUGGCCUGGUGGUGCUGGAGGAAAGUGCUGCUCUCAAGAUGAAACACAGGCAGCUGGAAGAGGAGUAUGAAACCCUCAAAGGGGAGCUUCAGCAGCUCAAAGAGGCAUUUUCAGAUUCUGUGAGCAGCCAAAAGCGUGCAGCUGCUGAUGGAGAGUGCCGGGAGGAGAACCUGCUACAGGAGACUGCCUCUAAGGAGGCUGCCAUGGCAACCCGACUAGAGGAAGUCCAGGCAGAGCUUAAGCAAGCACGUCUUGCUCUGAGCAAUGCCCAUGCAGAUAUCGAUAGGUUGGGGGUGGUCACCACCCAGCUAAAGAAGGAGUGUGAGUGUCUGGAGGGCGAAAAGGGCCAUCAGAGGGAUGAGAUGAAGGAAUAUAAAGUACGUGAGCUGCGCCAGUUGCAGGACAAUGGCGAAUUAGAAGAAGAAAACAUAUCUCUGCAAAAACAGGUGUCUGUGCUCAAGGAAAACCAGGUUGAGUUUGAAUCGAUAAAGCUCGAGCUGACCCACAAGAACGAGGAGCGGGAGGAGCUGCGAGCUCAGAUGGAGGAGGAUGCAAGGCUGAGGGAGAUAGCUGAGAGGCAGCUGGAUGAGGCCCUGGAAGCCCUGAAGGAGGAGAGGGAGCAGAAAAACUGUCUGCGACGAGAACUCUCCGCCCUGACCCUUAACCCCUUCGAUUCUAUGGGGAACCUGGAGCUCCAUUUGGAGCAGCUGGAUGACAGCCAGGAGGGAGAGGACCAGGACAGUGGCAUUAAUAAUGGUCCUGGGUCUGCUCCCAGUUCUGCUCACCCUCCUCACUUGGGGGGCUCCAAAAGUAAUGGCCUCAUCCAGCGCUACUCCACUCCACGCAGCAGUGACGUAUUCCUGCGUGCUCCCGCCUCCGGGCUGGUGUCGGACCUGCUGAGUGAGCUGCACUUUUCAGACAGCCAGAAACUAAAACAGCAACUCUUACAGGCUGAACGAGAGAAGUCCGGUCUAAUGAGCAAGGUGGAGGAACUGCAGAUGCAGCUGGUAAUGUCCAAACAGGCAUUCAGUCAGCAAGCAGACAAGCUUGGAUCUCUCACGCAACAGCUGGAAGCUGUGCAGAGCAGCCAGCAGCACAACCACGAGGCAGGAGACAGGGGAGAUGAUGAGACGGAGAAUGGAGAAGGUAGCAAUGCAGUCUUUGACUACGAGGUCGACACCAAGAGCAAGGAGGUGCUGGAGGCGCGAAUGCGUUCUGCCAGCGAAGAGCUUCUGACGCUACGAGAUGAACUGUCUCAGGCGGGAGCUCGCUACAACACCCUGGAGCAAAGAUACAAGCAGGAGAAGGAUCGAUGGCGGGCAGAGGCCCAGGAUCUGGCUGACAAAAUCCGUCAGUGCAUCAAGUCCAGCAAGCAGGACCAAGAGCGCAUCAGUGAGCUGGAGAAGGAGAUUGGAGCCACGCGGAAAGUAGCCAUUGAUUCAGAAGGGCAUUUGAGCGUCGCCCAGGAAGAGCUGCUGGCGUUCUCUGAGGAGCUGUCCAACCUCUAUCACCACAUUUGCGUGUGCAACAACCUGACGCCCAAGCGAGUCACCCUGGACUAUUACCGUGAUGGUGCCAGGGCGAGUUUGGCAGGAGGUAGUGCGCGGAGAUCACACUACGUCCAGCAAAACUCCCAGAAGAAGCCGCGAGCCAAUGACAUGUUCGUCUCCAAAGCUUCCGUGUUGCAGUUCAUGGGGGAGGUGGACAGUGCAGGAGCCAGCGGCGACUCUCCUAAUUGCCCUGGAUCGCCCACCCUGGAUUUCAGGGACCCUUCAAACGUCUGCAACUUGGUAGCGGUCAUCCGUUGCCAGAUUAAACACCUCCGGGUGGCAGUGGACCUCUGUCGUCAGAGGGGCGCGAUGCCUUACUCGGGGUUCAGCAGCAGCGGAGAGUCGGAGCGGGAUGCGGAAAGCCUAAUGGAAGAAGUACUAAAACUCAAGUCCCUUCUCAGCACUAAGAGAGAACAGAUUGCUACCCUCAGGACUGUCCUCAAGGCUAACAAACAGACAGCAGAGUUGGCCCUGUCCAAUUUGAAAACUAAGUACGAGACCGAGAAGAGCAUGGUGUCCGAGACCAUGAUGAAGCUGAGGAACGAGCUCAAAGCCUUGAAGGAGGACGCCGCCACUUUCUCUUCACUGCGAGUCAUGUUUGCCAGUCGGUGUGACCAGUAUGUCACCCAGUUGGAUGAGAUGCAGCGGCAGCUGGCAGCAUCCGAGGAUGAGAAGAGGACCCUGAAUUCACUGCUGCGUAUGGCCAUACAGCAGAAACUGGCUCUUACUCAGCGUUUGGAGGACCUGGAGGCCCCCCUGUCUCCCCACAGCUUGAACAGCAGCCCACGCCGCUCCCGGGCCAAAGAGCUGGCCACCAAGUCGGGCCGGGCGGCGAGGAGCCCCCGGAGCAGUCCUGCUCGCCCCCCAUUGAGAAGCAGUCCACGGGCCAGCCCUGUUCUCGGCGGCAGCGUUUCUGCAUUGGCCACGCACCACCUGCGAGGUUUAACCCGAAGUCUCCACACAAGCCCUCGCUGAAACACUCCUUCCAUCACUCCAAACCCUCUCUUCUCCAUAAGGACCUGUCUUCAUGUUGACUCCCCGGCUCCCACCUCCUUUCCUGACUCGAGACAUCCUGUCCAUCCCAGAUACGAUGCAACAUUUCCCAGUCUACUUACCAGAACCAUGGAUUUAAAAAAAACAAAAAAAACAAGUUUAAAUAAUGCUCUCAUCCCGCCCACUUGGUUAUCUCUGCUUGGAUCGGAGAAACCUGCAUGCAGCCUGGAGCAGGAUGAAGAGACAAAUGUGCUGCUCAUCGCUCUGUGAAGUCAUUGACCGCGUCUUGUCCCGAGUGGAUCCAACUUUCUGGUCUUGUUUGAGGCUGCUGUGUGUUGUGGUGAACCAGUGACAGUAUUUAUUCCAGAAUGAGGGAUGUUUCAUGUGCAGUAUUUACGGUCCUCAGACUUUGAGUCAAGGAUCUGAUCUUUUGUAAGGCUCUAUGUCUUUACACUCUUGCCUAUAGUCUGGCAUCCUGGUCAGACCGGUCUGGCAUCUUGUAGUGUCUGUAAGCCAUUAGAUAACCUAUGAUAACUCUCCCAGGUAGUUGUUUUUGUAGAACAAUGCAGCCGUAAUAACAUAUUUGCUAUCCCAAAAUUAGAGAGCGUGCUACUGUCUUGAGGUUCCUUCCUUUCACUGGUGGUACAGUUAGAUGCCCUUUUUUGUUUUGUCCUGUGACUGGCCGCUCCCUUUUUAAUGAAGGUCAGCAAAAAUGCUGUUUAAUUGAUGGAAAUAAAUCAGCCAUAAGUUCACCACCUCAGGUCAAGCAGAGUAAUCAGAUUCAUGAUUUGGGAGAUUCCUAAUGAGCAUCUUACUUUGCAAACUAUGCAGACCAAGUCAGGCUGAAGCCGGUGCACAUCCUGCUGUUCUUUAGAGUCGGGGUGGGUUUUGAAACUUUCCUUCACUUAAGUGCAUAGAGGCUGGCUGCAGCUGCUUUACAACAGCCAUUUAGCACAUCUGGGCAUUGCAAGCUUCCCAUUGGCUAAUGUAACGUCCCACUCGCAUCACUUAAACAUUCAAGUGGCUUGGUUUAGACAACUAUCGUGUUGGGCCAUGCUCAUUUCUCUUGGCUACAUAAUCAUAACAGUCCCCAUUCAGCUUCAGCUUUUUCUCACUCCUUUGAACAACUAAGCAACGAUACUCAUGUUUUGUAUUCCAUCAUUUAAUGUCACCAUGCUUCUGUCUGUCACCAUAGCUGAUGUUGUAAUGAACUAUUAUCCCACAACACACUAGUUUUCGUCUCCUGAGGCUACAGCAUCCGUUGCGUUCAGUUAGCAAUGCUAAUAAUGCUAGCAGGCUGCUGUUGGAGCUUGUAGAAACAAUUAACUGUUAAUUAAAAAGCAUUACACAGUGCUUUGCAUCUAGUAGCAUAUUAUGACUUAAAAGUAAGAGUAAUUAAAUUUCACGAAACAAAAUAGUUUAAAGCGAGGCGUAACUCCAAUGUGACGUUGCUUUGCUCUGAAGAGCUCCACGCGCGAAGAAAAGACACAAAGAAGAAGAAAAAGAACCUGCUGAUUACCCAACAUGGGUUGCUUAUAGAGUAGUUUGAUGCCAGGGCAGCAGCACAGAUGUAAACAUUGGCACUGUAACAACACCUGCCUCACUGAAUGCAGUUAAUAUCUGAAUUGACCUGCAGUAGACCAAUCAUGACCUUUUGAAGACAACAUUUGGAAACGGCCGUUUAAAAAAAAAAAAAAAAACGAGAACCGAGUGCAAGAAAAUGUUGAUUCCCUUUUUUUGUUUUAAACUCAACUGUCCUGUGGUUUAGUAGAAGAGGCCACGACCUGCCGAUUUGUUUUUGGUGCCUUGGUUUUGAUUUGGUCUGUUUUUAGAUUACAUCACCUUUUAACACUGUAGCUGUGAUUUUGACGGUAUGAUUUUGAAGGUAUGUUUUAUUUACUUUCCCAUAAAGCAGUGUUAGCGCUGAUUAAGGGGAUAUCUCAUUUUGGUAAAUAUUUUCACUUUUUAGCUUGCAUGCCUUAGGAACAGAAAUGAUUUCUGAUGAGAACUCAUUAGUUAGUAACUAAUAAAUAAUGAAUGCAGAAAAUCAAGAACAUAAUGUCUGAUUAACAUUAUAGAAAGAAGGUUAAAUUUCUCGCUAAGAAGUGGAAAUGCUUUAACAUUAUGUCAUAUUUCUUCGAAGGAUGUAAAUAGAUUUCUUAAUCUAUUUAAUUCACUGCAGAUGUGUAUAAUUUAAUUACCAUUGUUGUAUAAUAUUUUAACUGUAUUUAUGUGGUCUGCGUUCCGUGUCUGUAAAUUGUAAUAGAGGAUGACGUGCACACCCCAUAACACAUCGGAUGGUUCUCAACUCUUUGUGUGUGUGCAAUAUUUCCUUUCAUUGACCUGUGAACCGCUUUUGUCAUGAAGAAUAAAAACGAGCCAACACUGUA